AUGGCGUACCGUACGGAACGCCGCCGUUCCAGCGAGUUGAACCUUCCCGGCUCCAAGGUGCAGAUCGGCGCGCAUUGGAAAAAGCCGUUCAGCAGGAUCUACGACUCCACUUACGGCUUCCAUGGAAAAACCUACGAAGACCUGCUGGACCCAUCAGCGAGGUCUAGGUCUGCGGAUCGCCGACCCGCCGAAUAUCGCGGCGUGGCGGAGCGGCGGCACGGACUCCGUCGCUCAACCGUUGGUCGUCCACCUCUGCUGAAAGAGCUUUACUGCUACGGGGCUCUUGUGGAGAAGGCAGGUGAAAGACAGUUGGCCUUGAUCUACGACUCCACUUACGGCUUCCAUGGAAAAACCUACGAAGACCUGCUGGACCCAUCAGCGAGGUCUAGGUCUGCGGAUCGGCGACCCACCGAAUAUCCGCCGCACCGCCUCGCCGCCGUGCCUGAGGCAGCGAGUUGGCAACCAGCAGGUGGAGACGACUUUCUCGAAAUGACGAUGCCCCGAGAACACCUCUUCCGUCCACUUUCUGUCAACCGGAACACUCGCUCCGACGAGGUGGAUACCGACUUUUUGAAAACAGAUAUCCUGGUCUUGAGCAUUUUCGGGGUGCCGAAAGUGUCGGUCCCAACAAAUUAUCACGAUCAAGAGCUCGAGUCUUAUUUGCACAAAAUUCGACAACCCAGGGACCCAGGCUUGAAGCUGGCUAUGAUGGAAAGAGGCACUCGAAUGAUGGAUGAUGCGGCGUUACGUCGCGCAACCCGACUCACGGCGACCAACACAGACGAUCUCGCCGCCGAAAUGUUCUCGUCCGCAAACCUGCAAGCUAUGCACCACGAAAUGAUGUCGUAAUUUGCGGGCAAAACGCGCAUCGCCGCCGAAAAGCCGCAAAUCGAACCGCCGCCAUAUUAGCCAUUUCUCGCAGCUGCCGAACUCCUUUACGAAUCCGGUUAUUUUCCCUGUAUAGCGGUCCGCUCCGAGUCUUCCGAGUAGCGACCGCGUGAUGAAUGUUAGAAUUGCACUUCUGCGGUGUGAUUCUCGAAAGGGAUUUGCGGGUGAAGGCUAGGAAAUUUUAUUUGAUUCUCUCUGGGUGUUUCGACGUCUAGAAGGUGCUCUUUUUUUUAACAGUGCAGGCUGAUAUCUUGCCAUCGUUUGUUUUUGAAUGCCGGAUGGUGGCAUUAUGAGAGCGGAACCAAUUAAGGACUCUCAUAACGGCUUCGCUGUUCGGACAGGAACGAAAGUUUUGACGUCGCACGCGAAACUUCAGUUUGAUUUCCAUUACUGUAUUUCCGCAGCGAAACGCUUUUAACGCUUUUCAGCGUCAUGGCGGAAAUGGCUUCAUGAUUUAAUCGUUCCGGAAAGAUGACGAAUUCAGUCCAGCGACGAAUUCCGUAGAUUCUUAUUUGACUAUGCACGUUUCGGAUCAAUGUUUCAUUUAAAAUAAAUAUGAGGUUCAAAUAGCUUGUUGGGAAUAAAGCAUUGUUUUUCGUUGCCCAA